GUCCCCCAACCCAGAAGCAGCAGUGCUCGGCUUCUACUCUGAUUUCUGGUUUGACCCGCUUGCCCACUUCUUCAGCCUCCACCAUGUCCAUCAGGGUCACCCAGAAAUCCUACAAGGUGUCCUCCGGCCCCCGGACCUUCAGCAGCCGCUCUUACACGAGCGGGCCCGGCACCCGCGUCAGCUCCUACUCUCGGGUGGGCAGCAGUGGCAGCAGCUUCCGGGGCAACCUGGGUGCUGGCAUGGGUCUGAUGGGGGGCUAUGCAGGGGCAGGGAGUGCCGGGGGUAUCACAGCCGUCACGUUGAACCAGAGCCUGCUGAGCCCCCUUAAGCUGGAGGUGGACCCCAACAUCCAGGCCGUGCGGAUGCAGGAGAAGGAGCAGAUCAAGUCCCUGAACAACAAGUUUGCUUCCUUCAUCGACAAGGUGCGGUUCCUGGAGCAGCAGAACAAGAUGCUGGAGACCAAGUGGAGCCUCCUGCAGCAGCAGAAGACUGCUGGGAGCAAAAUGGACAACUUGUUUGAGAGCUACAUCAACAACCUUCGGCGGCAGCACGAGGCGCUGAGCCAGGAGAAGCUGAAGCUGGAGGCGGAGCUUGGCAACAUGCAGGGCCUGGUGGAAGACUUCAAAAAUAAGUACGAGGAUGAGAUCAACAAGCGAACAGAGAUGGAGAAUGAAUUUGUCCUCAUCAAGAAGGAUGUGGAUGAAGCUUACAUGAACAAAGUGGAGCUGGAGUCCCGCCUGGAAGGGCUGACCGAUGAGAUUAACUUCCUCAGGCAGCUAUAUGAAGCGGAGAUCCGUGAGCUGCAGGCCCAGAUCUCGGACACGUCCGUGGUCCUCUCCAUGGACAACAGCCGCUCCCUGGACCUGGAUGGCAUCAUCGCCGAGGUCAAGGCCCAGUAUGAGGAAAUCGCCAACCGCAGCCGGGCUGAGGCUGAGAGCAUGUACCAGAUCAAGUACGAGGAGCUGCAGACGCUGGCCGGGAAGCAUGGGGAUGACCUCCGCCGCACGAAGACGGAGAUCUCUGAGAUGAACCGAUCCAUCAGCCGGCUCCAGGCUGAGAUCGAGGGCCUGAAGGGCCAGAGGGCUUCCCUGGAGGCCGCCAUUGCAGAUGCCGAGCAGCGUGGGGAGCUGGCCAUUAAGGAUGCCAAUGCCAAGUUGGCCCAGCUGGAGGCUGCCCUGCACCAGGCCAAGCAGGACAUGGCGCGGCAGCUGCGCGAGUACCAGGAGCUGAUGAACGUCAAGCUGGCCCUGGACAUUGAGAUCGCCACCUACCGCAAGCUGCUGGAGGGCGAGGAGAGCCGGCUGGAAUCUGGGAUGCAGAACAUGAGUAUUCAUACGAAGACUUCCAGUGGCUACUACUCAGGUCCACUGAGCCCCGUCUUUGGAGGCAUCGCAGGCACUGGCAACAACUACUCCUUCAGCUCUGGUGGGAGCCGCACUGGCUCCACCAAGGCCGUGGUUGUGAAGAAGAUUGAGACCCGCGAUGGGAAGCUGGUGUCGGAGUCGUCUGAUGUCCUGCCCAAGUGAACUGCCACUGCAGCCCCUCCAGGCCCACCCACCUGCUGUGCUGCCCCAGAGCAUGGGGACAAGGAGCUGUGCAGGGGGUGUAGGGAACAGGAGACCUGGGGUACCCCUUCUUGCCUAUGUCCCCAUUUAGAAGCCAUUUCAUCUUUUCCAAAAUAAAGCCUCAGUUGGCUCUGCCAACUGACCUUGCUGUG